AUGAGCGACUCGGGUAACCCAUCUACAGGUUUAGCUGUGGAUAAUGGUUCCUGCAUUCCAUUGGUUGGCGAAUGCGCGCUGAGUGAAGAAGACCAAGAAGCACUUGAUGAGGUUGAAUCCGAGCUAUCGCAGCUAUUAGCCACUGGUAUACAGGACACUAGUAUACUGGGCAACGCGGAAGACUGUGCUGCUGUUUGGCAUCAUAUAAAACAGCAACAUGGUGAUUUGGAGAGUGACCUUCACGACGAGUAUGGUUUGGAUAUCCGACUUAAGGAGGUUGUGCGUGCAUUUUCUGAGGGUUCUCUUUUGCGUUUUAGUGAUCUUGUGGCCGAGCUGCGGAAACACAUUGCAACAUAUUGUGAGCUAAGUGAUGAACGUUUGAGUGAGUUCAUCCCUAUUAUUAUUUCUAGGAAGAACCUUGGCGAGCCCUUUGUUAGUGUGAAUAAUGAGGAGCGGCUUGAAUCUACGCGGUCUGCAUGUCUAUGGGUUUGGGAAUCACCGUCUACCGAUUUUCUUCCGUCAGGUAUGGAGGAGCAGGUUAUAUCGGCACGUGAAUCUCGCAACCUGAUCUCCAGGCGUUAUAAGACCUUGGUUGCGCUUAAGACUGCAAUUAAAAACCAUGACAAGGAUGCAAGAAUAGCCGCUAAUGAGCAGCUUGGUAUAAUUUACAAGAAGAUGUUACUUGAGCGGGAGAAGCGUGAAAGGUUGGAUAACAAGCGUAAAGCUUUAGAUUUGAGAAAUCAACAGUUAUCAAGUCCUUUCACUAAGGUUCCGCAUGUUAAAGAUGCUAAAUCUGUACAUAGUAAAGAUGUGUCGUCUUCUGGGCAUGAAAAAUCAACAAGCAAGUCUGUUGGUAAGCAACCUGCGUCAUCCAAGUCGAAAGCUCCUAAUAUGUUGCUCAACUGGCUGAAAUCGUCAGUAUCAACAUCAGUUGCGGUUACAUCGUCAGAUUCUGCGUCUAAAAAUGCCACAUCAGAAGUUAUGAUGUCGUCUGCUACCGGUUCUAGUGACAUCUCUGUGCAUCAUGGUGAACCAGUUCCAGACGAUUACGACGAUAUGGGUGCUACAGGUGUUCAAAUGUGUGAUAUCGUCAAGCUGUUAGAUGUGGUGCCUAAACUUAGAAAUGGUAUGACCGUUUGUAAGGCGGAUUCUACUGUAGCUGCCCCUUUGGAUUUUUCUGAUUUCCUAAAACUGUGUGAAUCUCACCGGGAGGGUUGGAUGCGUUACUUCACGUAUAUCCAUUCCAACCGCAUCUUUUAUGUGGACACAUCUAGUCAACCGAUAUCGACCGUAGUUGUUUCUGAGGAUGGUGCGUCUGAUGCUGUUGCGUCAUCCGAGGCUGUUCCUAAGAGUUUCGUCGUUGAUGAUGUGUUGAAUAAUAUUCGUGACACUAUAUACGGCGACGCGACACUAGUGCCAACUCGGGGUGCUCGUGUGUUCCAUAUGUCUGAUAAUGAAUGGAAGCGUCCGUAUAUGCGUUUAUUGAUAGCUCGUUGUUCUGCUACUGUGAAGCCUACUGCGCCGUUAGGUAUCGAAUCAGCUAUGGACUACUUUGUGGACAGUGAUGAGGAGUGGUUUGAGCAGUAUGACGUUGACGACGUGGAUGAGAGCGGUAGCGAGGAAGAGGAAGACGAUGAUGAGGAGAGCGAUUGGAUCGUGCAGGAUAACCCUGAUCAAGGUCCUCAUAAGCAUACUCAGAAUUUAUGUGAGGUUGUAAAGGUGUUUUGUUUAAAUCGCAACUGGCACUGGAUCGUUGACGGUGUUGCUCAGAACGUGAGUGAGUGUUGCAGUGUUGACGAGGCGCGCAAGAACGGCAUAACUAUCGAGCCUUGUGAUUAUGGGUUCGGUUAUGAGGGUUAUACUAAGAAUCCGAUAUCCGACUUUGUGCUUAACAUGCGUGGCCAUAACAUCAUCAUGACUAAAGAGGAUGUGCAGGAUUUCCUCAAGUUGUGUCAUGCUAAGCAUACAAAGAAGGAGAGUUUGAUAAGUGACUUUAAGGAGUUGAAGCCUCACUGUUCCACUGCUGAGCUUCGUGAGAAGUUCAAGAAAUACAUCUGCCGCAUGAAAGUGGACAGCACUCCUCAGCGAUGGUUGGUGACUACUGAGGCUGCGGUAUUAUUUGGUAUCCGUGACGAGCUGGACGCCAUACUUGCCUCUGCUAUGGAGCAGGCUGUGGAAUAUGAGUGA